CCCACUUCGCUUCACCGCUCUCCUCCUCCACGCUCUCUUACCAGCUCCUCCCUCCUCCUUCCUCCUCCUCUCAUCCUUGAGAACUCCUACGCACAGCUCUUUCAACCCCUCGCUGCUGACCGCAUCCUCCAUUUGAGCCGUUUCGUACUCUCAAACCGCGUUGAAUCUUCCAAAACAAAGUCUUGAAACCAGAACAACAUGAACCGAGCCGCCCGUAUCGCAAGUCCCAUGCUCAAGAGCCUCCGUGUCCUUUCCUCAAGGGCCUUCUCCUCACAUGCUCCCAGCCUCGACGCGAUCCUGGGAGGGGACCUGAGUAUGGGCCCAAUCUCCCAACGACCUGCCGCCAUCCCGGCUGUGCAUGUUGAAGAGAAGCCGACGGACAACGUCCUCGAGUCAGCGUUCCUGCAUUGCGAUGCUCUAGAGCAGGCGCAGAUGAAGGACCGGGCCUACGUGCUCUCCAUGGCGGAGUCGCUGCUGGGACAGGCCAGCGCCAACUGGAGCCUGGAGUUCACGACGCUCAAGUUCGAGGAGCAGCAGGCGAAUGCUCACCAAGUGGUCUCCUACCAGGAAAGGCGGCACUGGGACCUUGCUCUCCAGCUCGCCUGCGGGCCCUCCUGCAUGCGCCACUAGACGAUCGUUGUGCCGCCUUGUAUUCUUCUCCUCCUCUUCCCUCCCUCCGCUCAGAAAAAGUUUUUCUUGAUAUUGCUUGCUUGUUCAAUAAAGAUUUUCCCGUAGACAC